AUGUCAUACAAGUGCUCCCUGCCAGCCCUUAUGGACCGGGGGGUUCCGGUGUCCGUCCUGGAAUUCGAAAUCAGCGCCUCAGAAGCCGUAAGCCGCUUCGAAGAGUACCAACGCAAAACCUGCAUGUACUUGCACGCGCACAGCCUCCUCAAGCUUCCGCCGCAGCCUCCUCAAGCGCACAGCAGCCCCUCUCCGACCGCGCCCCAGCCGGGCACACCCCACCAUUCCGGGGCGGGACCGGGGGGCAGCAGUCCCUCUAACAGCAGCAGCAGUAGCUUCUCUGCUAACAGCAGCAGUAGCAGCAGUGAGCCGGGGGAAUGGACAAGUAGCAGUUUGACUGCGGCAUACCUGCCGUACUGGUGUUUUGAGGCGACCUUCAAUAGUCUGUGGGCGCAUCAGCGGCCCCAGUCCCUGAGAGCCCUACACGCAGCCAAGCAGGUCCGCGCGGACUUCGAGUUCUACAAAAAAUACGACCUCCAUGAGACGUACGGCAGUGGUGCGGCGUCUGCCAAGGCCUCUGACGUGCCAGGCAGCCGUCCCCUUCCCGAUGACGAUGGCGACUACGUGCUGUGGUUGUGGGCGGAUGCGGACUGGCGGAGGUGGGAGCUGGACGAGCCCUGGAACUGGGGCGAGGAGGAGCGGCGGAAGUGGGCUGAGGAGCUAUGGCGCAAGCAGGCCACUCGGCGGCUGGAGCGACAGAGGUUUGCGGAGCGAAUGGCGGCGGAGGAACAGCGGCGGGCGGCGGAGGAGGAGGCGGAGGCGCGGCGGCAGCAGAAAUACGGUGGCGGUGCGCGGAGCAGCUACAGCCGCCACAGGCCCCGGGAUCACGGCAUGGGCCUGGGGGACAGCAGCAGCAGCGGUGGUGGUGGUGGUGGGGGCUCUGAGGCGGGGGAGGAGGAGGGCUCUUGGGGCUCCUCCGGGGGCCGGCGGCGGCGAGGGCGGUCCGACUUCCUUGGCUACUACCGGGUGCUGGGGCUGCAGGACGCAGAUGCCGUUUCCUCGGAGGACAUCAAGCAGGCCUUCAAGGUGCAGGCGCUGCAGCUGCACCCAGACAAGCACGUGGGUGCAGAGCCGGAGGUGCAGCGCACGGCGCUGGUCAAAUUCCAGAAGCUGCAGAUAGCGUACGACACGCUCAAGGAUGCCGAGAAGCGACGGUUGUACGACAGGGGGCAGCUGGUACAGUAG